CACCAUAUCGGUUUUAUUAUUUUCUGGGCUGCGACUGUGGCCGAUCGCAUUGCAUUUUACAAGGACACGAAACACCGUGAAGCGGGAUCGCUCUUAAAUUAUAUCGUUCAACAUGUGAGCUGUUGUCGAAGUGUAUUGGCUGAUCUUUUGUGGAAUAUCAAAGACUAAACGGGAUCUUUACGUUUUCAUCGAGAAUACAACGACACUGGGGAAAGAACAAUGGGAGGCUACGUUGGAUGGCUUCUAUUUAUCUGGAUCUUCUGUCUCAGCUCGGUGCUCGGGCAGGUCAGCUACACCAUACCUGAAGAGAUGGCGAAAGGCUCUGUAGUCGGUAAUAUAGCACAGGACUUAGGUUUGGACGUGAAGAGACUGAAGUCAGGUAAAGCCCGUAUUUUCACCCGUGAUAGCAUCGAAUAUGUCGAGCUGAACAGGGAAAGAGGAGUCCUCGUUAUCAAAGAAAAAAUUGACAGAGAGGCCAUCUGCGGACAAACGACGCCUUGUGCGCUCCAUUUUCAGAUCAUAUUAGAAAACCCGAUGGAAUUCUACAGUAUAAACAUCGAGAUUACAGACGUUAAUGACAACCCCCCAGUCUUUGAAAAAAGUUACGUGAAAUUUAAAAUCAGUGAGUCUGCUGUAAGCGGAGCUAAAUUCAUUUUAGACAUGGCAAAUGAUCCUGACGUCGGGACAAAUGGCUUAAGAACAUAUAUCCUAAAACCAACAGAUAACUUCGCCCUUAAAUUACACGGUCAAGCAGGAGACAUCAGAAACAUCGAAAUGGUUUUAGAGAAACCUCUUGAUAGAGAAGUACAUGAACACCUAUCGUUAGUGUUAACGGCAGUCGAUGGCGGAGAGCCGCAGAUGUCAGGAACAAUGCAGAUCCUGAUCUCCGUUUUAGACGCCAAUGAUAACGCUCCCGUUUUCACCGAGUCUGUUUACAAAGCUGCUAUUAAAGAAGGCGCUCCGUUAGGCACCAUUGUUACUACGGUCACUGCGACUGAUGCAGACGACGGAGAACAUGGUAAAAUAACCUACUCAAUUUCAAGGAUUUUAGGUAAUACUCAAGGAAUGUUUGAUGUUAAUAAAGUAAAUGGUGAUUUGACAUUAAGCGGGAAUAUUGACUACGAAAAAGCUCGAACAUUUGAGAUAAAUAUACGCGCUAGCGAUGAGGGAGGGCUGGUAGACUCUUGUAAAUUAAUCGUAGAUGUCAUUGAUGUGAAUGACAACACACCUGAUAUUCACAUUAUGUCUAAAUCCAAUGUGAUAUCAGAAGACGCUAAACCGAACACAGUCGUAACCAUGAUCAAUAUAGAAGAUGCAGAUUCAGGUGAAAAUGGCCAAGUGAAAUGCUCCAUAAACGAUGACAUUCCUUUUGCCUUGAGGUCGACAUCUACCAACUUCUUCAGCUUAGUGACGGACAGUGAUUUAGACAGAGAGAAGGAGUCCGGUUAUAAUAUCAGUGUGACGUGUUCCGAUGAGGGAGUGCCGUCGCUUUCCAGCAGCGUCACAAUCGCCCUUCAGAUCCUAGACGUCAAUGAUAACGCACCUGUCUUUCUAAAAAAAACAUACGAAGGAUACAUCGUAGAAAACAACGUCCAAGGUGUCUCUAUUUUCACACUGAACGCAAUAGACGCAGACUGGAACCAGAACGCCCGCGUCUCUUAUAUACUAGAGGACUCCUCUUUAAACGGCGUGCCCGUCUCCUCUUAUGUGUCUGUUAGUGCUGACAGUGGAGUUAUACAUGCAGUCCGCUCUUUUGACUACGAGCAGAUUAAAGACUUUCAGUUCUGUGUUAAAGCUCAAGAUGGAGGCUCUCCUCCCCUCAGUAGUAAUGUGAGUGUGAAAAUACUGAUCCAGGACCAGAACGACAACGCCCCUCAGGUUCUGUAUCCAGUCCAGACUGGUGGUUCUCUGGUGGCUGAAAUGGUGCCUCGUUCAGCAGAUGUGGGCUAUCUGGUCACCAAAGUGGUGGCUGUUGAUGUGGACUCUGGACAGAAUGCCUGGCUCUCCUAUAAACUACAGAAAGCCACAGACAGGGCGCUGUUUGAAGUGGGCUUACAGAACGGAGAAAUAAGAACUAUCCGCCAAGUCACUGAUAAAGAUUCAGUGAAACAAAGACUGACUGUUAUAGUGGAGGACAACGGACAGCCCUCUCGUUCAGCUACAGUCAUUGUUAACGUGGCGGUGGCGGACAGCUUCCCUGAAGUGCUCUCAGAGUUCACUGACUUUACACACGACAAGGAGUACAAUGACAACCUGACUUUUUACUUGGUCUUGGCUUUGGCUGUGGUUUCCUUUCUCUUCAUCACGUGUUUAGUGGUGAUCAUAUCAGUGAAAAUCUACAGAUGGAGACAGUCUCGUAUCCUGUAUCAUUCCAGUCUCCCGGUGAUCCCAUAUUAUCCACCACGGUACUCAGACACUUUGGGGACAGGGACUCUCCAGCACGUGUACAAUUACGAGGUGUGCAGGACCACUGACUCCAGGAAGAGUGACUGUAAGUUCGGCAACGCUGGUAGUCAGAACGUUCUGAUAAUGGACCCCAGUUCUACAGGGACCAUGCAGCGAAUACAGAGUGAAAAGAGUAUCCUGGAUGAACCAGACUCUCCACUGGAGGUUAGAAAUCAAUAACAGAAUGUUCUAUCUUGUAUUAAUCGGUUUUCUCCCUCAUGUCUAGCACCAUGGACAGCUCCUAUGUUGACAUUAUGAAUCAAUAGGCAAUUUCUAACUUGCUAACUGGAUUCUUUAUUCAGCUGCAGUACUUUUUAAUUACUGAAUUCAUGCUUCGCAUUAUCUCAAGAUAUAUUUCAGUUAUAAACGUGUGUCUAAGAAUUCAAAUAUAUAUGGACCAUGUGUUUCUCGAA